GUGACUGAAUCGACACGACAACAUUAAUCAAGUGGUGUUGCUGGUUUGAAACAGCGAAACAGCGGCUUUAAUGUGGUGUUUUUCCCACAGAGGGGGGACGGGGACGUGUGUUUAUUGUGUGCAGUUUGGUGUGGAGGCUGCAGGAGUCCGUGCAGGUCUGAGGCUGAUAAGACUGCAGGAUUAUGGUAAUAACAGGCUGCCGCUGACGGACCGCCGGGUCCCGUCCAGCCCCAAACGGGUGGGCGGGCUGCGGACACUUAUCAGCGCGCCGCAGAGGGCGAUUCUUCACACGGUCACAUGACGGGCGACACCACGACUCCCACUGCAGAACAGCAGCUCAGCGGGUUCUUAUCACCAAACCAGGACCGAGGCGACGACCCGUCGGAGCGUGUUGAUUGUUUUUUUUUAAAAAGCACCAAUGAUGUCGUCAGGCGUCUGAGACCAGCUGAUAUUAUCAGAAACAACCAGUAAUGAGCCGCUACCUUCACGCUCAAUAGAUUCUUUUGUUUUUUUAAACGAGGCUGUUUCGCUUCUUUUUUUUUUCCGGCGCUCGUUGAAACUCUUUCUGUGUUAUAAAAAUAAAUAAAUGUAACUGGUGUCGUCCAAAGAACCAGGAGAACGGUCCAGGUGGUCAAAGGCGACCACAAGGAGGGACUCCUGCGGCGUGGUGUACCCCGCCAUUGACUCCUCAGAUAAAGAAACGCUGCUCUGCGGCUCUGCUGACCUUCAGGUUAGAAACUAAGACAAAAAACUGGUUCCUGAACCGGAAUUUUAGACGGUUUUGUUCGUGCGGACGUUUCCUCUGGUGCAUCUCUUCUCCAGGACGCAGAAUGGGAUGAAACUGUAUGUACGGUUGCCAAGGAGACGGGGUAGUUAAACCCACGACGACUGUUUCCAUUCCCUUCGCUUCGUCCUCAGGAAAUCACAACACAAGCUCGCUGGAGCCCGGCGGAGGAAUUAUCUGCUGUCAGGACCUGACGGAGGCGGGGUGGUGUUGGGGGGGGCUGAGCCAUGCUGUCCACCGCCGUUCAGAUCCUGGCGUUCGCCCUGGCGCUGCUCGGCGUCCUCGGCACCACCGUGGCCACCCUGCUGCCCAACUGGAAGGUGAGCGUCAACGUCUGGUCCAGCGUCAUGACCCCCAUCUCGCAGAUGCAGGGUCUGUGGAUGGACUGCGUCUGGUACAGCUCCGGCGUCUUCAGCUGCACCAUGAAGAACUCGGUGCUGUCACUGCCGGCCUGUCUGCAGACCACGCGGGCCGCCAUGGUUCUGUGCUGCAUGGUGGCGUCAUUCGGGCUCUGCCUCGCCUCCCUGGGGCUUAAAUGUACCCGCUGGGGGGGCAGCCACCGGGCCAAGGGGCACACGGCCAUCGCCGCCGGGGGCUGCUUCAUCCUGGCCAGCUUCCUCUGCCUCGUGCCGGCGUCCUGGUACACCAACGAGGUCAUCGCCGCCUUCCUGACCACGGACCUGCCGGACAGCAGCAAGUAUCAGCCGGGAGGAGCUCUGUGCGUCACCUUCCUCUCGGCCGGCUUCCUCCUGGCUGCGGGGGUCAUCUUUUGUCUGUCCUGUCCUGGAAAGAGGACAGGACGGCCGGACUACGCGUCCCCCGAUGAUCCCGACCGACUCGUGGCGUACCGAGAGGACCGGCGGAGGCAGGAGCUGCAGACGGAACGCGUGCCGCUGAAAAACAGGCGAAACCUGACGGUUCGGCUGCAGAUGGACAAAGUGAAUCGGCAGAAACCUCCUGAACCUGAGCGGGACCAGAAGGUCUACCCGUCUCCUUCCAAACCCCCUCCGAAGGACAUCAAGGACAGCUACAGCCUGCAGGAGUACGUCUAGUCCCCACGGCUGAGACGGGCAAUGUGGAGUUUCUCAGCCGAGGGUCUCCGGCUGACAGUGGG